CUUCAGUUGACACUGUGGGUAAUUGGAGCAAAAGGAACCGUAGAGAAUCAGUGCCUGCUCAAGACUUUGUUCGGCAGCCAUACUUCAAAGCUUCAAAUCAGCAAAACCUUCUUCGAAAACGAAACCCGAAGAAAUGACCAGAUAUCGCCAAUUGAUUAGGGCUUUGGGAAACCCCUCGCUGGAUCUCUUCAACUCGACCGGACGUUCAGCUUCUGGAAAUUCUCGCCACCGUGGCUGCGGUCUUCCUCCGCGCCGCUGCUUUCACUCGCCGGCGCUCGCCGGAGGUACUUCCUAUCGAGGGAAUAAUUACAGUAAUUCUUCAUGUACUGAAAUACACAAUGCAAAUAAUAUAAUUCGGAUAUCAACAUUAUCCGCAUUGACACAGGCUCGAUUGUUCUCUUCUGAAUCAACUAAUGAUGGUUCUGCAGAUUCGGUGCAGGAUAUUCAUGAUAAGAUUCUGAACUGUGUGUCUGAGAAAAGAACUGCACCUCCAAAUGCUUGGUUGUGGUCGCUGGUUGCGAAAUGUUCUACUCGUGAAGAUAUUACGCUCCUAUUCAAUAUUUUGCAGAAACUUCGUGUUUUUAGACUUUCCAAUCUUCGGAUACAUGAUGAUUUCAACAGUGCACUUUGCAGGGACGUUGUGAAGGCCUGUGUACGUGCAGGAGCAGUUGGCUUUGGUAAAAGGGCACUAUGGAAACAUAAUUUAUUUGGUUUAACUCCUAACAUUGGAUCUGCACAUCAUCUGCUGUUGCAUGCUAAGCAAAUCAACAAUGUCAAACUCAUGGUUGAAGUGAUGAAACUUGUGAAGAAGAAUGGUUUACCUUUGCAACCUGGGACGGCUGACAUAGUGUUCAGCACCUGUGUUAGUGGAGACAGAUUCGAUUUAAUAACCAAAUAUGGAAAAAGAUUUGCGGCAUCUGGAGUAAAACUUAGGCAGAGUUCAUAUGAUUUGUGGAUGGAAUUUGCUGCCAGAAAAGGGGACAUUGAAUCAUUGUGGAAGAUUGAGAAGUGGAGAUCAAAAUCUAUGAACAAUCACAGUCUUUCAACUGGGCUUUCCUGUGCUAAGGGUUUCCUUCUUGAACACAAGCCAGAGAGUGCCGCUGCAAUGAUUCAAGUGCUGUAUCAGACUCUACCUGAAGCAAAAAGGCCGAGUAUAGUAACUGAACUACAAAAGCUCGUGGGCGAAUGGCCUUUGGAAGUUAUAAAGCAACAAAAAAAGCAAAACAGAAAGGCAUUUGCUUCCGAUUUACAUAAAGAUAUUUCUGCGCUGAUCGAUGCUUUACCAAGCGUUGGUGUCAAGGCAGAUGUUACUGUUCGCGAUUUUAGGGAAGCCAUUUCUUCCUAGUAUCAUCCUGCUUGAAAUUUAAAUUUACAAGCGCCCGUUUAUCAGGUAUGGGAAUGCCAUUGCUCGACCUUUUUAUUUUUUCCAUUUUCCGAAAGGUACAAAAAAAAAUGAGAAGCCAUGUUUUCUUUGAUCUACACAUCUUUCACGUGAGUUAGCUUCAGUUUGUUACAAAUACAUAAUUCAGUCAGCAUAUAAUGGAGAUCGAACCUCUUGACGGUUUAACCUAUUAAUAGGUGAGGAAAUUGGAAAUCUCGGGUUUACCUUAUUUUUGUUUGGACUUGAAUUUUAUUUUUUUUUAUGAGAGUUUUAAAAUUUAAAUAGUAUUUUGACGUGAUAUUGGGAAUGAAAAAUUAUAUGUAUUGGAAAUUGUACUGCAUCAAUAGUUGUAAUUUUUAUUUGAAAUAAAUAAGAUGUAGCUAAGGAGAAUUGAUAUUUGUUGGUAGCAGAACGUUCACUGUUCUUUGGAUGAAUGAAAGACUCUGAU